UGCGUGCAUCAUAAUUGUAGAGACGCGAUCGCAGCACUGCGUCAACUUCCCCUUAGUCAAAGCGAUAAAAGACAAGCCAGCCGCAACAAACAACGCGAGACAGUCAGUGUGCGUGUGAUAAAAUAAACGCGCUCGUCCAGAUUCGUUCGACAGCUUCCUCGUCGAGCAGUUUUCAUACCUUGUAAUCUCUUGCCCGGGCGAGCAGCUUAUCAACAUGCUAACGCUGGGCCCGAAAAAAGACGGUGGCCCGAAUCUCAAAUUCUUCGACUCGCCGGAGAUCCUCAGCCAAUUGGAUGGAGUCAAGCAGUGGCUUUUGAAGAAUGCCAAAAAAUAUGUACAAAAUGAUGUGCCCACCAACAAAAUUCUUUCUACCCUUACGGUACAAAUCCUUCAAUUUCAAGAAGACAAUCUUGGUAAAAAUAAUACCAAACCGGUCAUGACAAAAAUUCCUAUGAAAUGCUUUUUAGACUUUAAACCAGGCGGUGGAUUGUGUCAUAUCUUAUCAACUGCGUACAAGUUUAAACAAGAGCAAGGAUGGAGAAGAUUUGAUUUUCCUGUUGCAAAGCAGACAGGUACUCGUAUGGAUAGAAUGCUAGAAAUGCUUGUAGCCAUAGAAAAAGAUUUAAUUCAAAGUAGAUGUUUGAUUGUGCCAAACAUAUUUGUAAGAUCAGAUGUUGAUAAAACUACUGCUAGCAAAGUUAAAGAUAUAGUGCGAAAACAUCAAGGCACCAUCGCUGAAAAUGAAGAUGAUGCUACUCACACUAUUUUUCCUGUAGCUGAUCCAUUAGAAGAAGAAUAUGCAAGGCCUUGUUUUCGCAGAGAUCGAAAUGUACUCUUUCACUGGUACUACUUUCCUGAUAGCUAUGAUUCAUGGAUUAAUUUUGAACUUCCAUGGGACUAUCCUGAAACCAAUCUGGGUAGUGCACCAGUGAAAACAACUUAUAAAGUAUCUGCAUCUUGGGCUUUAGACUUGGAGCAGUACAAUGAAUGGAUGAACGAAGAAGAUUAUGAGGUUGAUGAUAAUGGUCAGAAAAAAGUGCACAAGUUUAGACUGUCCGUAGAAGAUUUAAUGGCUCCUCAGUCUCAACCUUCUGCUACAAAAAAGCAAAAGCGUAAGCGUUCUCCAACACCUCCACCCAAAGUAGGAAAGAGGAAAAGUGGAAGAGGACCUGCUGGAGUUCAAAGUGGUCCUGCCUCAGGGCCAAAAAAAUCUCGAUCAGGCAUAGACGAAGAAGAAGAUUUGACACAAGGCAUGGAAGAGCCUGUUGCAGAACCAAGAAUAGUUGAAGUAACAGCUUCGAAUAGUAAUUCUCAAAAUUCAACUCAAAACAGUUCUGGUACUUCUUCUAGUAGUAAAAAACAAGACAAUGAACUGCAACCAUUAAAAUCUGGUAAUAUGGCAGAUCUUGAUGAACAAACAGAUGAUAAAAGCAAUUCACAAGCAUCUCAAGACAAAGAAGAAAGAGAUGCCAAUAGAGAAAGGGCUGAAAGUAAGAACGACGAUUUGGAAGAUAAUGUUACUGAGCAGACUCAUCACAUUGUUGUACCAAGCUAUUCUGCUUGGUUUGAUUACAAUUCUAUUCAUACAAUUGAGAGACGUGCUCUUUCAGAAUUUUUCAAUGGCAAAAACAAAUCAAAGACUCCUGAAAUCUAUUUAGCCUACAGAAAUUUUAUGAUUGAUACAUACCGUCUCAAUCCCACUGAAUAUAUUACAUCAACAGCGUGUAGACGUAACUUGGCUGGAGAUGUAUGUGCUAUUAUGAGGGUUCAUGCAUUUUUGGAACAGUGGGGUCUCAUCAAUUAUCAAGUUGAUGCUGAUCUUCGACCAACACCAAUGGGUCCACCACCUACUUCUCACUUCCAUGUUUUGUCAGAUACACCGUCAGGUUUAGCACCAGUCAACCCUAACCCACCAAAGACACCUCAACCAUCAGCAGCUAAAACUUUAAUUGAUCUUGAUAAGAAGCCUGUUAUGGAUGAGAAUGGUAAGAUUCCUAACGCCGGUCCUAUGGCCAAUUUUGGUCUUAAGAUUGAUCAAUACACAAAGAAACCAGCUGUUUUGAAAAACAAACAAGUUGCUGGUGCCACAAGGGAUUGGACAGAACAAGAAACCUUAUUAUUACUUGAAGGUCUUGAACUCCACAAAGAUGAUUGGAAUAAGGUAUGUGAGCAUGUUGGUACUAGAACUCAAGAUGAGUGUAUAUUGCACUUCCUACGAUUGCCUAUCGAAGAUCCCUACCUCGAAGAACCAGAAGGACUUGGACCAUUAGCUCACCAGCCUAUACCUUUUUCAAAGGCUGGUAAUCCUGUAAUGAGUACUGUAGCUUUUCUUGCAUCUGUCGUGGAUCCCAGAGUAGCAGCAAGCGCUGCUAAGGCGGCAAUGGAAGAGUUUGCUGCUAUCAAGGAUCAAGUACCAGCUAAUUUACUUGAUCAGCAUUUGCGCAAUGUUCAAAAUAGUGCUAAUUCCGAUGGAAAAUUUGAUCCAGCUGCAGGAUUAGCUGAAUCAGGUAUAGCUGGUACAGCGCCAGAUCCUCCAGAAGAAUCUAAUGACAAAAAUAAAGAAAAAUCAUCAGCUACGUCACCACAAGCUUCAGGAGACAGUAAAAAAGACGAAGCUCCUGCCUCAACAGACGGCGCUGCCGAUAAAACGAAAGAAGGUGCUACAGAAUCCGCAGGUACUGCUCCUGCAACGCCAGCUACUGAAGGAGGUUCUCCCAAAGAUAGUGCUGCAGCAACUACUGAAAAUGAAAAAUUGACAGAACCGAAGAAAGAAAUGGAUACGGAUGGUGAAGCAACUGCUGAAACGAAGUCUGAUGAAACUGAAAAAAUGGAAAUUGAUGAAGAAGCGAAAGACAAAAAUGAUGAAAGUGAAAAUAAGAAAAAAUCUGAUGGCGAAGAUAGCGAGGCUAAACAAAAGAAAGACAAAUUGGUGCGAGAUGCUCAACUUCAAUCUGCAGCAGCGGCAGCUUUAGCUGCUGCUGCUGUAAAAGCUAAACAUUUAGCAGCAGUAGAAGAACGAAAAAUUAAGUCGCUUGUAGCUUUGCUUGUUGAGACUCAAAUGAAGAAACUAGAAAUCAAACUUCGCCACUUUGAAGAGUUAGAAACUACCAUGGAGCGUGAACGUGAAGGUUUAGAAUAUCAAAGACAACAACUUAUUACUGAAAGACAACAAUUUCACUUGGAACAGCUUAAAGCAGCAGAAUUUAGGGCACGUCAACAAGCUGCUCAGCGAAUGCAACAACAAGCUCAAGAACAGCAGCAACAACUCGCCCAACAGCAGCAGCAACAGCAACAACAACAGCAGCAACAACAACAGCAGCAACAGCAACAACAACAGCAGCAGCAGCAACAACAACAUCAACAGCAGCAACAGUCACAGCCUCAAACACAACCACAACCGCAACCGCAACCGCAACCACAGGUACAGCCACAGCCGCAGGCGCAGCCACCAAUUCCACCUCAACAAAAUCAACAAGGACCUUGGACGAACGCCCAGCCUUCUCCACAACCAACAGGCCAACCCGUUCAGCAGCUACCACCUCAGCAGUCAGCACCUGUAAUACCACCACAACCACAGCAACCGUCAAGUCCACAAACGCAACCACCUCAUACGCCUCCGCAGCAACCAGCUUAAAUUGAUUACUCUUAAGAAUACGAUAAUAUUAGAUACUUCAAAUGCGUACACUAUAAAAUAAUUUUUUUAAAUGUCUAUAGUAACAGAGGUACAGGCUAUGCUUCUAAAUGAAAUAUUUCACUUUUAGAGCUGCCUAAAAUCGGAAAAUAUUUUAUAACUAUUUACGAUUUUAAAAACUGUCUUUACUCGAUAUUUACUUUGAUACUUGUUAGUUAAUAAAAUGAUGAAGCGAAUCUAAACAGUAUCGCAUUUUGGUUGUAUUGUGGCAAUUAUGUCAUGUUUUUGUAUUAUGGUUUUGUAGAUAUUCCACCAAUUUUCUGUGUUUUUUGAAGAAUUCUUUUAUUCGAAUCAUUAAAUCUUUUUCUAAAAUUGAUAUUCAAAUGCAUGUAUGUAAAUUCAUCAAAAUAAUCACUGGGAUUGGCUUAAUUCAAAUUCGAAUCAAUACAGUGUAAUCGCAUCUUCAUAAACUUAUUUUGAUCAAUUUAUUUCAAAGUUACAGCUGAACAUAUUAAUUUCGAAAAAUAUUUCUAAAUUUUUAUUUUUUUGAAUUUUGCAUUUUGAGUCUCGCACAAGCUUUAUAAAAAAAGGGCUAAAUUCAAUUCUGGAAACGUGAACGUCUGCAAAUUGUAAUCUGAAGUAUUACUAUAAUAUGAGUAAUUAUAAUUAUGUCAAAAAGAAAAGUAUACUAAUAAAAAUAUAUUUCAUGAAAAUAUACUUUGAUUGGAUAUAGUUGUAAAACUAGAAUUCGACUUUUAGGUCACAAACAAAGCAACUAGCAUAAAAUAUAUUUUAUUUGAUUACUUGACAAAAGAUGUUAUAUAGACUAAGGGUUUGUUUCAUGAUGCAAAACUUAUUACAGUAGUUGUAAUCAACUCAAUAAUUUAAUACAUACUCUACUUGUAAUAUAUACAACAGAGUUGUUUUAUUAUGAACAAAGGCAAGUCCUAUCCUUUUCUUUUUUACAUGAAAAAUCAUUUACUCACCAUUAAAUAUUAAAUUUUUAAUUGCGAAACCGUAUUAAACUUGACAAAUGAGCAGCAGAUUAUAUGCUUAUAAAAAAUAUCCAGAUUUUAUUUGUAAACUUUUUAUGUACAAUAAAUUUGAAAACGAUAUA